CUCGUUACUUUAAUGGGUCAGAACUACAACAGGACAAGUAAUUUGACACCAGGCGAGAAGCCACCUGGCAUCCUCCGGCGACCCGCUUUUGUUUUUUCUCAUCCAUCGCCUUUGCCCUCUCCGUAUGCAGCAUUGUUCUUAUUCGUUUCGAUUCCAUUCUUAUCGAUCGUAAUUGCAUGCAUCUGCAAAUUUGACCCCAAAGAAAAGUUGUUGAAAAAUCACGUUCAGUUCAUCCAAAUCAUCCACUGCCUGUGAACGAACCAAUUCUAAGUUUGUGUUACUCUGCUUCGAGCUCAGCAAUUCGUCGAUCACAUCGUCUGCCCAAAUUUUGGGAGCUCUGCGAUGGCAAGGAAGGAGGCGGCGUCAUUCCUCCCGGCGAUGAAGUCGCACCUGGAGUGCGACGGCGACGAGCUCUUCGGACUCCGGUCCUGCCUCCGGUGGAUGUGCCUCGACCAGUCGAACGCCGGCCUGGCGGCGGUCUCGUGGGUGGUUUUCUUCGUCCUCGCGGUGGCUGUCCCCACCGUGUCCCACUUCGUGCUCUCUUACCGUCCGCACCGCCGCCCUUACGACCUCGUCGUCCAGCUUUCCCUCAGCGCUGCCGCCGCCCUCUCCAUUCUCUCCCUCUCCGCCGCCACCCGCCGCCGUGGUUUCUGCCGCUUUCUCUUCCUCGACAAGGUCGCAAUGGAGAGCGCGCAUGCGCGCGCAGCGCACUCAGCCCAGCUCCGCCGGUCGUUUCGCUUCCUGGCCCUAUUCCUGGCGAGUUGCUUCGCCGCGGAGGUGACCUACAAGAUCUGGUGGUACGCCUUCAGCGUCGAUCGAAUCCCCUUUUGGAAGGACCCGGUGGCUACGGGGUGCGUGGCGUGCGUGCUGGAGCUGACGUCGUGGGCGUACCGCUCGGCGAGCUUCCUGGUAGCUUGCGCGGUGUUCCGAUCCACCUGCCGCCUCCACAUCCUGCGGCUGCAAGAAUUCGCAGCGGUGUUCCGGGAGGAGUCGGAGGUGAUGCCAGUGCUGAAGGAGCACCUCCGCUUGAGGCGGCAGCUCAAGAUCAUCAGCCACCACUUCCGCGGGUUCAUCCUCUCGGGGAUGGUGUUGGUGACGGCCAGUCAAUUCGCCGCAGUCUUGGUCACCACCCGCCGGCAUUCCGACGACAACCUCUUCAACACCGGCGAGCUCGCGCUCUGUUCAAUUGUUCUCGUCACUGGUUUACUCAUAUGCUUGCGCAGUGCGGCCAAGAUCACCCACAAAGGCCAAGCACUCACAAGCCAUGCAGCAAAAUGGCAUGUCUGCGCCACGAUCGACUCUUACGCCGUCGAUCCCGUGACACCCUCUGAGGCCAGUGCCAUGGCGGCCCCCCAAUUCCCACAUGCCGAUGACUACUCGGACGAGGAAGAAGGCGGCGGCAGCAGCGAGGAGGAUGAACUCGAAGGAACAAAGAUCGUGCCGACGCAUGCGCACACCAUUUCCUUUCAAAAGAGACAAGCACUUGUGACAUACUUGGAGAAUAACAGAGCAGGGAUUACGAUAUUUGGAUUCACAGUGGACAGGACUUGGCUUCACACCGUGUUUAUGCUUGAAACUAGUCUGUUCUUGUGGCUUUUGGGCAAGACAAUUGGGAUCUCCUAAACCAGAUCAUGUCCGCAUGACUGCACGGUUUAGAUCGUGCUUGUUAUUUGUUAAUUCUUCCAAAAAAACGAUGGAGGUUUGAGGUUUGCUUUCAUUGGAUUGUGAAUACAUUGAUUGUGAGGUUUCUUUAAUCUAUCAUUUUGGCGUUAAGAGUUAGUCUAAUGUAAUUAAUCUUAUCAGUUUACAUAGAAGUUACUGGAAUCUUAAAUAACAGGGUUUUAAGGUCUCUUCGUAGUUUGGGAGUUGUAAUUGCGUGCCUUCUUAAUGUGAGUCAGAGUUUUAAAUGCGGACUAGAGUUUUAUACAUGUAAAUAUGUUAUUGGUUUUCUUAAUGAAAUUGGUAUGCCAGAUUG